GGGGGCAUAUCACGCAUUAUUUGUUUUGAUGCUGAUUUCGUUUCUCAACAUAGUCAUAAAUGUAGUGUCAUGGCUGACUUCGAUGCAAUUUACGAAGAAGAAGAAGAGGAGGCUGAAGUUCCAUAUGAAGAAAGUUAUGUUACCCUUGUCCCAGACCCAGUUGUUGUUCGUGGAGCAGGCAAUAUGACGGUGUUUGGGUUAAGCAACAGGUUUGAAGCAGAAUUCCCAAAUGGCCUUGUUUCUCGUGUCGCUCCGGAAGAAUACAAGGCAACAAUUAUGCGUGUGAACAGUGUUUUGAAGAAAACCUUGCCUGUCAACGUCAAGUGGCUGUUUUGUGGCUGUGUUUGCUGUUGCUGCACGUUAGGCUGUUCCUUGUGGCCUGUAAUCUGCCUCAGCAAACGGACUCAGCACUCUAUAGACAAGUUACUGGAGUGGGAAAACAGUCAUUUGUACCAUAAACUUGGCCUGCACUGGAGACUUGCCAAGCAAAGAUGUGAUUCUUCAUCAAUGAUGGAAUAUGUUCUUUUGAUUGAAUUCAUUCCAAAAAUUCCAAUAUACAGGCCUGACUAAGAACCUGAAGAUCGUUCCUGUGAGACAACAAAAGUUCUAUCAUAACUAGCGUGUGAAUACUCCACAGAUCAUUUCAUUGACACAGUUGUCAUUUGUUUGGAAUUGUCUGUGAGAUUACAGAUGUGUAAAGGACAUACAUGUUCAUCCAAAAUAUUUAUGUUGAAAAUCUCAAAUGCUCUUCGUGCAGGGACUUGUGUUUAGUAAUGAUAAGGUCGCCCACUUUUGAUUGUUAUAGGUUUUAAUAUUAUUUUAUUAUUAAGGAAAGUCUCUUGUAAUUCUUCAGUGUUGUUUAAGAGUCUCUAUAAUAAUUAUUUGGAAAUACUGGAAUGAAAGGCAGCUAGAGCAAGAAAUGAGGUGACUGUCAGUUCCUGUGCAGGAGACCUGCUGUGACUGUGUGAUAAUGUUGUGGAAAUUAACAUUAAUUGUGCUUCAUUUUAAAAUUAUUGAGUGGAUAAAAUGAUUGGACUUAGUAAGACUGAAAACUGAAAGUUAAAGUACCAGAAAUUUUGAAGUGCUGACAUGUUUGCCCACAAUCAAUGGAAAACAAUAAGCUUGAAAAUUUACUCACCAGUUUCCAUACACUUCAUUUUUCGUGGAGGAAAAAUGUGUCCUUGUGUCCCAUGGGUAUUUCAAAUGCAUAUCUUCAAUUUUUAAACAUAUGUACAAUGUGUUGGUUUGCAUAGGAGUCUGUGAAAUUAAGCCUGUGGUGUGCUGCCGUAAACAGAGGACAAUUAUUUUUUGUCAUGUUCAUCACAGAGCUUUGGGUUCGAACUGUGAUUCCAGGAUAUAUAACUAUAAAACUGUCACCUGGUUCUUGCAGAUUUCUGGAAAACAGGAAAUAAAAGAAACAGUUUUUAAGUUUAUAGUUGCAUAUAUUUUUGUUGGUUGAUAAUUAGAGUUCUCUGACAUGACAAUAAAAAUGUUAAUAAAA